AUGCCAUCGGCCCCCUACUCGGAAGUGCCUCUAAACCAACCCAGACACCGGUUGUCGCUGGCAAGAAAUUCAACUCCAAAGAGCCUCAGCGGCGAAACCAACACUCAGCUCAUUGGAUUGGAAUACCAGGAAGGGACUACUCCAAAUGCUGGCAGUGAAAAUACAGGGUCUGGCUGCGGUCAUCAGCCCCAGGCCAGCCACUGUGACGUUCGGGACGCUUGCAAUAUGGGACUUACACCUAAGAACUCGAUUGGUGACCCGGCCAUGACAUCCUGGAUUUGUAAACUCUCAGAUAUUAACAUGCAGCUUCACCAACAUAAGCUGUCAAUCGCUGCUAUUGAAGUAGAGCAAGUUACAGGACAGAGGACGAGCGGCCCUGACUCUCCUCAGCGCGAUCAAAAAGUUGCGGUAGAUCGCACAUUCAAUCUCUCAUACCAAUUUACAGAAAUUCUGAUCGACAUCCUUUCUCGACCGGAUACAGGGGUUAUGACGGCCCCACUAGAAUUAGACCAAUCUUCACAACUGCUGGUAUUAUCUGGCUAUCUGUGCCUUGUCGAGUCAUAUGACCAAAUCUUGCAGCACAUCAAAACUUGGACUGAUAUCCGCUUGAAGAUGGGGGUGUCUAUUUCUGAUGAACACUUUCCCAUUCAACUACCCAGCCUAGCCAUCGGCUCCUUUCAACUACCCACCUCCUCGUCGACACGGCCACUUGUUUUGAUGUGCAUCAUUGAGGCUAUGAUCGUGCAGAUACGCGAUCAAGUGAGCGAAACGAUGAGACCUAUAAAUAAUCGCAACGGACCGACGAGAAACAGUGACGGCCAUGGACUAAGUGGCGUGACCAAAGUAACGCUAGACGCAAUCAGAGUCCAGGAAGAUUCCACCAUGAAGCUCCUACACGAGGUUUGGAGACAUGCUCUCCGAUGUGGUGUUCCUUGA